UAAACAAGAAAAGUUAAUUUAACAUGUUGUUUUUAAACCUUUGGGCUAUCUUUCUCCUCUUCCUCGUCCAGUUAAAGACGGCGAUGUGCAAGAACUACGGUGACGCGAUGGUAUGGGAUUUGGCCCUCUGUCACGGGCACAAUUACGUUAUAGACGGUGAUUUGGUGGUGAGGAAUGAUACGAAAGGGCAGUCCGUGAAGAUCAGGCUCAAUCUCAAGAACGAUUUCGACAAUGAAAAUAAGUACUCUUGUAAGUUCUUUACAAAAGUCAACAAUAAGAGCAAACAGUUGUUGCAUAUGAACGCGAAAGGUGCGUGCACCGCCCUUACCAAGUACGGUGGUAAAUUCUGGCAAGAUGUGGAAACCAGAGCGAACAUUCCGUCGCCCGGAUCUUGUCCCAUCAAAGCUAAAAUCUAUUAUCUUGAUUGGAUGAAAAUCCAGUACAAGGACAUCCCUUUCCUCGCGCUCGUUCCAAAGGGUAAUUACAGGGUUGAAUGCAAUCUGUACGAUAACACGGGACAAGACGUUAAGGCCUGCCUCACAUUUGAUGUUGCAAAACUGUAG